AGGUUGCGCCGCCUUUUAUGAUUGUAGUUUUCUUCUUUUCUUUUUUUUUACUGCAAGACAAAACUGGAAAAAGAACGUCACAUGUUGUUUUUCUCUCCAGCGCAGUCACUGUGGCGUUAUUUGGUGCUCAACUGUUGCAGAUAGCGGACGGGAAUAUCGGGUCAUGGAAUAAGUAAGCGGAUUCUCGGUGCUUUGGAAAAUAGCGCAAAACAACUUCUCUCAAAGUAAGUGAAGCGUGCGCAUCAGAAUGGCGAGUCCCCAAACGAAUGGAGGACACUUGUUGUCUAAUGUGACCAAUAACAGUAAUAACAUUAAGAAAUGUGGAUAUCUAAAGAAACAGAAGCAUGGACACAGACGUUUUUUCGUAUUGAGAGAACCCAGCGAGAGUUUUCCUGCGCGGCUGGAAUACUACGAGAGCGAGAAGAAGUGGCAAAACAAGUCGGCUGCUAAAAGGGUGAUACUGCUGGACUCCUGUCUUUGCAUAAACAAGCGAGCUGACUCCAAGCACAAACACCUCAUCGCCUUUUACACCAAGGACGAAUACUUUGCAGUGGCAGCCGAAAACGAGCAGGAGCAGGAGAGCUGGUUUCGAGUGUUGUCGGAUUUGAUCGAAGAGGGGAAAGUCUAUGACAGCCCCGCGUCUAAUUCCACCUCUCUUUUCUGUUUCGAGGAGGCGAAUUGCAGUAUGAUCACGCCGGCCACUGCCUCUUGCAAGGAGGUAUGGCAAGUGAAUUUGAAAUCCAGAGGACUGGGUCAAACAAAACAUUUGACAGGGGUGUUUAGGCUGUGUUUAUCCAGUCGGACUAUCAGCUUUGUGAAACUGAACUCGGAGGUUGCAGCUGUCAGUCUACAGCUCAUGAAUAUCCGGAGAUGUGGCCACUCCGACAGCUUUUUCUUCAUCGAGGUUGGUAGGUCAGCUGUCACUGGCCCCGGUGAGCUCUGGAUGCAGGCGGAUGACUCGGUGGUUGCGCAAAACAUCCACGAGACCAUCCUGGAGGCGAUGAAAGCCAUGAAAGAGCUGUCAGAAUCAAGACCGCGCAGCAAGAGUCAGGCGGCUAGCACCAACCCCAUUUCCGUGCCCACAAGACGCAACUUGAACAAUCUGCCCCCAAGUCAGACAGGGUUGGUGAGGAGGUCGAGAACAAACAGCAUAGUGGCCACAUCCCCAAUGAGCAAGUUCACAUCCUGUCGGAUAAGGACAGCUAGUGAGGGGGAUGGCAGCAUGGUCAGGCCAGUGUCUAUGUCAAUAUCUAUGAGCGGGAGCCCCACCAGUCCCUUCUCCAACCGGAACCCUCUGAGCAGGUCCAAUACGCUCUCCACUGGUCGCACCUGCCGGAUACUGGAGUCCAGCCUCCAGCACAGCCGCUCCAUGCCCAUCUCCAACUCCCCUCCCACAGUCUGCAGUUCCAUCUGCCUCUCCCCCAUGAGUGGGACCCUCCCCACCCCUGUUGCGGUCCACCGCCCCUUCAGCUGCAGCGCCUCUAUCUCAGGCUCCCUCAGCGACGCAAGCUUCAUGCUAUGCAACGAGCACAGCUCCAGCCCAGGCGACACCUCCAGGCUCCUACCCCUCACCAGGAGUGACACCCACGACUCCCUCUCCAGCACUCCUCCCUCCCGGGAGAUCAACGACCUCUGUGGCUACAUGAUUAUGGACAGGACGAAUGACCAACGGCAGGUGUGCCAGGAGGAGGACUUGACAUCGGGGAAGGCGUACAGGAAGAGGACAUACUCCCUCACCACACCACGCCAUCAGAGGGUGCCCGCCCAGCUGUCCUCAGCCUCGUUGGAUGAGUACACCUUAAUGCGGGCUGCCCACCACACCAACAGCGGGCACCACUCCGGGCGCAGCUCCACCUCCGCCUCCCCAAAGGUGUCCUACCCCAAAUCCAAUGGUAACCAAGUAGGGGAUGAUGGCUAUAUGCCUAUGAUGGCGGGCGUGGCAGCCCCGCCCGGGGGUAACCACAGCAAGGCAGAUGCUUACAUGCCCAUGAGCUCCAUGUGUGUCUCGGCUCCCAAGCAGAUCAUUAGCCCCUGUGCCCAAAACCACCAGUACGAGGCCGGCGACCAGACCAACUCACCCAGCAGCGGAGGCUCCUUGGAGGACAGUGGCUACAUGAGGAUGUGGUGUGGCUCCAAGUCGUCCGUUGAAAGCCCAGACAGCCGCUCGACCUACAUGAACAUGUCCCCUCGCAACGCCGCUUACACCACCUCGCAGACCCCCCCGGACUACUUCCUAGACCAGCUUCCGGGUGGUGAGCCUUCCAUCACACCCAUCUACUCCACAGACUCCCUGCCACGCCCCGUCAAACUCCACCAGGCUUCCAAGGAGGCGGGGGACACUGGUGACCAGUACGUCCUGAUGAGCCCGCAAGGCCAUCAGUCGCUAGGUAGGGAGUCAGACAACUACUACUCGGUGAUGACCAAUCCGGCCCCGCCCAACUCCUCGGUGCCCUCGCCCAUCAGACAUAGCCGGGGGACUGAGAGCCUGACGUCCCACCGGGGGAGGAUGGGGCGGCCCAACCGGCUUUCUCUGGACAGCUUUAGGAUCCUACCCUGCAUGAACGAGCACCUCUUGCCCGGGGAACCCAGGAGCCCGGGCGAGUAUAUCAACAUAGACUUCAGUGAGGGCACCAAGUACUCCCCGCCGUCAGCAUCCAAUGAGAGCCAGGAGUCGUCUCUGGGCUCCUGUGGCGGCCAGCCGAGGUCCCCUCUCUCCGACUACAUGAACCUGCACCAUGUCGUCUCACACUCACCCAAGGCUGGAGACACCCCUGCCGGACGGUUGGACACGGUCCCUGAGUCAUCCCUGUGCCCUUGUCCGGAUGGGGAGGGAGUGUACCGUCUCAGAUCGAAGAGGGAUUCCAAGUUCCCCCAGAGAGGCAAGGAUGAGUACACCGAGAUGACAUUUGGACUUGGAAUGGCCAACAUGCCUCCCCAGUUCGUCCCUCAGACCUCAGCAAGUGCCAGAGAGAAGAGGCUAUCCCUGGGUGAGCAGGUCCUCCCGGGGGGCAUGGGGGUGUUCCGUCUUGGCGCUGCCACCCCCGUGGAUCCUGACGGGGCCGCCAAGGUGAUCCGGGCCGACCCCCAUGGGCGCAGGCGGCACAGCUCCGAAACCUUCUCUUCUACGGCUACCGUCACCCCCGUGUUCCCCUCGUUCGCCCAUGGGGACGCCAAACGCCACAGCUCGGUGGAGAACCUGUCGGUGCGGAGCAGCGAGAGCUCAGACGAGGAGGGUGGCAGCCCCAUGAGUAGAGAGACCUCUAUGGGCUUCCAGAAUGGACUGAACUAUAUUGCCCUGAACCUGAUGGAGGACAGGGAGGGACCUUGUUGCGAUGACCUGACCACGGUCAGCUUUAAGCCGGCCAGCAGCUGCAAGGGAGCCCUCCAUGGAUUACAUGUCGCACCGUACGUCUGUUUGGGGUUCAAGGAGGCGGUCACCUCUGUCAAAGACUGAACAGGACAGCGGACAAUCCAAGCCCUCAUCAUGCUGGCUCUGAGACGGACCGUCAUACAUUGGGGUGGCCGAGACAACCUGCUGCUGUAAAUUAAGUCAGUCGGUGCCUCGUGACCCAACAAACACCCCCACCAUGACUAACUCUCUCGCCCACGAAGGGGAAUCCUAACACUGGUGCUGUCCCAGAGACUCUGUACUAAAAAGUAGAUGGGGGUGCUCCUGUAUGUGGGGGGCCUCUAUGUGUCUAGAGGCUAUAUUUCUAGCGCUGUUUAUUUGUUUAGAAUUUUCUCUCUGGUUUUUGGUUUUGGCUCGUGGACUGUGAGUAGCCUGUCUGUUGACCCCCAGGACAUGUAAAGCAAACCAUGGUAAGGCACAGUAUGUGUACUUACACCCUCCUCAAAAGACGCGCCCCCCCCCCCCCCGCGCACACACACACACACACGGUAUGCAGAUAUUAUUUAUUUGCUUACAUGGGUAUGGAUGGGUCAAAGUUUGUGUGUGUGUAAAAACGGACACCAUGAUCGUUUCAGUAACACAUUCACUAACAAACCGUUUAAAAUAAUCCAAUCCCUACCUCAGAAAGAGCAAGGUAUGAGAAACGUAUAGAUAUAUUUAGGUUCUAUUUAUUUUGGAAUGUUUCAUGUAGACCAACCCAAAGCCUUGUCUCUGUGGUUCUAUUUGUACCGCACAACAAAGAAAAUAUGAUUUAUUCUACUAUUUUCUUAAAUCUAAUUUAAUCUUAGCAUGCUUUAUUGUGCUACAGUUGAAGUCGGAGGUUUACAUACACCUUAGCCAACUACAUUUAAACUCAGUUUUUCACAAUUCCUGACAUUUAAUCCUAGUAAAAAUUCCCUGUCUUAGGUCAGUUAGGAUCACCACUUUAUAAGAAUGUGAAAUGUCACAAUAAUAGUAGAGAAUGAUUUAUUUCAGCUUUAAUUUCUUUCAUCACAUUCCCAGUAGGUCAGAAGUUUACAUACACUCAAUUAGUAUUUGGUAGCAUUGCCUAUAAAUUGUUGAACUUGGGUCAAACGUUUCGGGUAGCCUUCCACAAUAAGUUGGGAGAUUUUUGGCCGAUUCCUCCUGACAGAGCUGGUGUAACUGAGUCAAGUUUGUAGGCCUCCUUGCUCGCACACGCUUUUUCAGUUCUGUCCACAAAUGUUCUAUAGGCUUGAGGUCAGGGCUUUGUGAUGGCCACUCCAAUACCUUGACUUUGUCGUCCUUAAGCUAUUUUGCCACAAUUUUGGAAGUAUGCUUGGAGUCAUUGUCCAUUUGGAAGACCCAUUUGUGACCAAGCUUUAACUUCUUGACUGAUGUCUUGAGAUGUUGCUUCAAAAUAUACACACAAUUUACCUGCCUCAUGAUGCCAUCUAUUUUGUGAAGUGCACCAGUCUCUUCUGCAACAAAGCACUCCCACAACAUGAUGCUGCCACCACCGCGCUUCACAGUUGGGAUGGUGUUCUUCGGCUUGGAAGCCUACCAUUGUUUCAUCCAAACGUAACGAAGGUCAUUAUGGCCAAACAGUUCAAUUUUUGUUUCAUCAGACAUUUCUCCAAAAAGUAUGAUCUUUGUCCCCAUGGGCAGUUGCAAACCGUAGUCUGGUUUUUAAGGGCGGUUUUGGAGCAGUGGCUUCUUCCUUGUUGAGCGGCCUUUCAGGUUAUGUCGAUAUAGGACUCGUUUUACUGUGGAUAUAGAUACUUUUGUACCUGUUUCCUCCAGCAUCUUCACAAAGUCCUCUGCUGUUGUUCUGGGAUUGAUUUGCACUUUUCGCACAAAAAGUACGUUCAUCUCUAAGAGACAGAACGCAUCUCCUUCCUGAGCGGUAUGACGGCUACGUGGUCCCAUGGUGUUUAUACUUGCGUACUAUUGUUUGUACAGAUGAACGUGGUACCUUCAGACAUUUGGAAAUUGCUCCCAAGGACUAACCAGACUUGUGGAGGUCUACAAUUGUUUUCUGAGGUCUUGGCUGAUUUCUUUUGAUUUUCCCCUGAUGUCAAGCAAAGAGGCACUGAGUAUGAAGGUAGGCCUUGAAAUACAUCCACAGGUACACCUCCAUUUGACUCAAAUGAUGUCAAUUAGCCUAUCAGAAGCUUCUAAAGCCAUGACAAGAUUUUCUGGAAUUUUCCAAGCUCUUUAAUGGCACUGUCAACGUAGUGUAUGUAAACUUCUGACCCACUGGAAUUGUGAUACAGUGAGUUAUAAGCGAAAUAAUCUGUCUUAACAAUUGUUGGAAAAAUUACUUGUGUCAUGCACAAAGUAGAUGUCCUAACCGACUUUCCAAAACUAUAGUUUGUUAAUUAACAAGAAAUUUGUGGAGUGGUUGAAAAACGAGUUUUAAUGACUCCAACCUAAGUGUAUGUAAACUUCCGACUUCAACUGUGUAUGAUAUUGUGAGGAUAAUAAUGAUACAAUUUAAGAGGAUUUAUUACUAGUUCCAGUUAGGUGAGAAAUGCAUAUUAAAGUACAUUCAUGUAGGAAGAACGCAAAGAUGUUGGUCUGUGUACUUGGUCUGUGUACUUCCUAGUAGUAGUCAGAACCUCGGCUAUCCCAGGCAUUUACUGUAUAUGCAAUACAUUACGCAUGAUCCCUAGCUCUAACCUGAUUACAUGGUAGAACAUCUCAAUGAUAUAUAGUUAUGGGGUUAGAACCACAUGAUUUUGGUUCAUGGGGAUUGCCACUGCUGCUGUAAGCACGAGGAGUACCUAGAGCAAGGGUCCUGUUCAUUAGGCAUAAAAUGGACUGAAACAACCAGAGACUACUUGGACUUCUAAACGUUUGGUGCCCUAAUGAACACUACCCAAUUUAUACACCUAUUUCUCACAAUUUGUUAGAUUGUAAUACACUAGAGACACAUCUGAAUGUAUCAAAGCACUCGGUGUCGUAGAAAACGACAAUUGAAAAUUAUGUGGGAGGGGGAGAAAUUUUUCAAACUGUAUUAUUUAAUAUGUAUUACACUUGUGAUUUAUUUUCUCUGCAAAGGCCUUUUUGUGUAGAUUAUGUACAUAAGAGUUUAUCUGAAAUAUGUCGAUUUUGAAGAGAUACAUUUAGUCAGGUUGCAAUGAAAUUACUAAACAAUGUAAAGAAAAUAUUUUUCAAAACUAGUUUUUGAAUUGUAAAAUGUAUGCUUUUACCUCCUCACAGUAACUUGUGAAUACAUCUAUAAUAUUUAAAAAGAGAAAUACCUUCAGUAUAUUUUGUUAUCUUUGCCUUGUUGAUAACAAUUUACCCAUAUGGCAUAUGCAAUAGUGAAAUACAUUAACUUAGUUUGGAACCAAAUGUUGGUAUAUUUGUAAAUAAAAAUUAUUAAGCAAACUAUUUUGCCCUUAGUAUAUUUAUUUCGGCCAACUUUUGAUGCUGUUUUUGUUACUGGAAACGUAUAGUGUAUAUACAGUGGGGCAAAAAAGUAUUUAGUCAGCCACCAAUUGUGCAAGUUCUCCCACUUAAAAAGAUGAGAGAGGCCUGUAAUUUUCAUCAUAGGUACACUUCAACUAUGAAAGACAAAAUGAGAAGAAAAAAAAUCCAGAAAAUCACAUUGUAGGAUUUUUAAUGAAUUUAUUUGCAAAUUAUGGUGGAAAAUAAGUAUUUGGUCACCUACAAACAAGCAAGAUUUCUGUCUCUCACAGACCUGUAACUUCUUCUUUAAGAGGCUCCUCUGUCCUCCACUCGUUUCCUGUAUUAAUGGCACCUGUUUGAACUUGUUAUCAGUAUAAAAGACACCUGUCCACAACCUCAAACAGUCACACUCCAAACUCCACUAUGGCCAAGACCAAAGAGCUGUCAAAGGACACCAGAAACAAAAUUGUAGACCUGCACCAGGCUGGGAAGACUGAAUCUGCAAUAUGUAAGCAGCUUGGUUUGAAGAAAUCAACUGUGGGAGCAAUUAUUAGGAAAUGGAAGACAUACAAGACCACUGAUAAUCUCCCUCGAUCUGGGGCUCCACGCAAGAUCUCACCCCGUGGGGUCAAAAUUAUCACAAGAACGGUGAGCAAAAAUCCCAGAACCACACGGGGGGAGCCUAUUGAAUGACCUGCAGAGAGCUGGGACCAAAGUAACAAAGCCUACAAUCAGCAAGGGCAUUGAAGGUGAAACGUGGCUGGGUCUUUCAGCAUGACAAUGAUCCCAAACACACCGCCCGGGCAACGAAGGGGUGGCUUCGUAAGAAGCAUUUCAAGGUCCUGGAGUGGCCUAGCCAGUCUCCAGAUCUCAACCCCAUAGAAAAUCUUUGGAGGGAGUUGAAAGUCUGUGUUGCCCAGCAACAGCCCCAAAACAUCACUGCUCUAGAGGAGAUCUGCAUGGAGGAAUGGGCCAAAAUACCAGCAACAGUGUGUGAACCUUGUGAAGACUUACAGAAAACGUUUGAUCUCUGUCAUUGCCAACAAAGAGUAUAUAACAAAAUAUUGAGAAACUUUUGUUAUUGACCAAAUACUUAUUUUCCACCAUAAUUUGCAAAUAAAUUCAUAAAAAAUCCUACAAUGUGAUUUUCUGGAUUUUUUUUCUUCUCAUUUUGUCUGUCAUAGUUGAAGUGUACCUAUGAUGAAAAUUACAGGCCUCUCUCAUCUUUUUAAGUGGGAGAACUUGCACAAUUGGUGGCUGACUAAAUACUUUUUUGCCCUACUGUAUAUUCAACCGUGCUCUCACUUGUAGUGUUCAUCUUCUGUUUCUUACUUGAGAAGAUUGAAAUGUGAACUAUACUGCCCUACCAAGCAAAAAAGGCAGAAACUGCUUGUUUAGUUGAAAAUGAGUUGUCAUUUUUGCUACAUUAAAUACCUGCUUAAUCAUGUGGACAAGUAUCCUGCCUCUAUUGUGUUUUGGAGAAAAUGGGGGUCAUGUUAGCUGUAACUGCAUAAAGUAAAUGUGACAGCAAGGUUAAUAAAAGCCAUUUUUCUCAGUU